CCGAAAAUCUUCCUUGUUUCUCGUCCCCCUUCUCAUUCCCCCCCUCCUCCUCUCAUGGCGGCCCUUCCCUUCCUCUUCAUUCUCUUCUCCUUCUUCUCUCCAUCCUCUUCGGAUUCCCCUCGUAACAUAGAGACCUUCUAUCCUCCCAUAGCGUCGCCGCCGGUAUCACCACCAUCAUCGUCCUCGCCGCUACCAGUACCGCCAUCUUCGUCGCCACCACCGGCCCGAAACGAUACGGGCACUAUACCGCCUCCAUCGCCAGCACCCACAUCCUAUAAACGAACCAUCGCGGUGUCGGUGGCGGCCACAGCAGCCGGCACCCUCUUACUCUCCUUUCUUUGCUUCUUCUUCGCGCAGAAACACCUCGACAAGCGGCGGAUGUCUCGGCUUAAGAGCAUAGUCGUCUCCGGUCCCCCGCCCUUCGCCGGCGCGAGUCGGAGUUCGUUCAAGCGGGUUGAGGGGACGCUCAAAGGCCUGAUCGUUGACGAGAACGGGCUUGAUGUGCUCUAUUGGAGGAAGCUCGACGACCAGCACACGGUGAAGAGGGAGAGGGCGUCGCAGACGGUGCCGCUGCGAUCGCCGGGAUCGGUGUCGUCCACUUCGUCCGCUUUUCGGUCGCAGGAAAUUAGAGAUGAUGAGAUCAGGGAGUAUGAGACGAUCCCCGCGCCGGUGGCAGUCACGGGCUCGGUUCCUGCAUUCAUGACGAAGACGAAUUCGGCUCCGAAGUCGAUAAGAGAGGUUAAUUCUGUUUCGAGGGGACGAACAGAUGCAAAUCAGCAACCAACAUCAAGUUCGGCGCCGCCAACACCCGCGGAAAAUCAUACUCCUGUGCCACCUCUCCCUCUUCCACCAGGCAAAAGAGGUCCUUCCCCUCCUCCUCCGCCUCCCGGUGCUGCUAACCAGGCACCACCACAGGCACCGCCUCCUCCGACUGAGAAAGCACCGCUACCCCCACCACCGGGAAGGGCUCCAUCACCACCACCACCACCACCACCACCUGGAAAAGCUUCACCGCCGCCUCCACCACCACCGGGCAAAGCACCCCCACCGCCACCUGGGAAGGCGCCCCCACCACCACCCGGCAAAGCACCCCCACCACCACCGGGCAAAGCACCCCCACCGCCACCCCCUGGCGGCGCGUUCAAAAAGCCUCCUGCCUCAGCCAAGUCGAAGGAAGGCGAGGCCUCGUCAUCCUCCGCAUUGCCGGAAAGCUCGUCGGCCGCGGCGCCGGCGAAGUUGAAGCCAUUGCAUUGGGACAAGGUUCCGGCCAACGCCGAUCAUUCCAUGGUCUGGGACAAAAUCGGUGGCGGAUCGUUCAGGUUUGACGACGACCUGAUGGAAGCGCUGUUUGGGUAUGUGGCCACCAACAAGAGGAAGGGAGCAGCGGGCGAGCCCACCACGCCCUCCAAACCUGACCCACAGGCCAACCAGCCCCCACAGCAGAUCUUCCUCCUGGACCCACGCAAGUCGCAGAACGUAGCCAUAGUCCUGCGCUCACUCGGCCUACCUCGCCAAGCCAUCGUGGACUCGCUCCUCCUAGGGAAGGGCCUCCAACCGGACACGCUCGAGAAGCUCUCUAAGAUCGCACCCACCUCGGAGGAGCAGUCCGAAAUCGUCUCCCAUCCGGCCGACUCGGCCUCCCGCCUCGCCGACGCCGAGUCCUUCCUCUACGACCUCCUCACCGCCGUGCCGACCGCGUUCCAGCGGAUCGACGCAAUGCUCUUCAGAUCGACCUACGAGUCCGAGAUGCUCACCCUGAAACAGAACCUCCAGACGCUGGAAUCGGCGUGCAAGGAGCUCAGAAAUCGUGGGCUGUUCUUCAAAUUGCUGGAGGCCGUGCUUAAGGCCGGCAACCGGAUGAACGCCGGCACGGCGAGGGGAAACGCUCAGGCGUUUAACCUUACGUCGUUGAGGAAGCUCGGUGAUGUGAAGAGCACGGAUGGUAAGACGACGCUUCUGUACUUUGUGGUGCAAGAGGUUGUGCGGUCUGAAGGGAAGAAGUGCGUUCUCAACCGGGACAGGAGCUUCCGGCGAUCGGAUUCAACGCGCCGGGAUAAAACGAUGGCUGGGGAUGAUGGUAAGGAGGAGAGAGAGAGCGAGUACUUGACGCUUGGAUUGCCGGUGGUUGGUGGGCUGAGUGUGGAUUUCACCAACGUGAAGAGCGCGGCGGGAAUCGAGUACGAGUUCGUGGCUGGAUGCUGCGACAGGCUGAGCGUCCAGGUUGAAAAGAUCAAGCAGUUCGUCGGGAGUUUGAGCGGCGCUGACGGCGGCGAGUUCAAGGAGGAGAUGAAGGGAUUCGUGGAGGGUGCGGAGGAGGAGCUGAAGGUGAUCAAAGGAGAGGAGAAGAGGGUCAUGGAGAUUGUCAAGAGGACGACGGAGUACUACCACGCCGGCGCCGCGAAGGACCGACCGGAGAACUUGUUGCAGCUGUUCGUUGUAGUGAAGGAUUUCUUGAACAGUGUCGACCAGGUCUGCGUGGAGAUUGCGAGGACCUUGCAGAAGAAGAGAAGCGGAACGGCUUCGCCGUCUGCCGCUGCCGGUGGCAGAUCUCCGGCGAGGUUCGCAAACUUGCCCGCGCAUUUCCUAUCAGAUACUUCAAGGACAUCAAGCGAAUCAGAUGAAGAAUUCUAAGGUGGCUGAGUUUCAUUUGCCGUUGUCGGAACAUCCUCACAGAGCUGCCAUGUUCUUUGCGACUUGAAGUUUUAGGUCCGGCCACAGCGGAAAGUUGAUCAGUGUGGUCUAUUUUCUCUUGAAAAUUUAGCCCUAGUGCACACUUCGACCAAUUUCUUAUGGUGAUGCAAUUCUAGUUAGAAAAAUUCACCUUGGGGAUGUUGAUUGCACCUAAGAAACAUGGUAAAAAUAAAUCAGCAUACAAGGUUCAGCUCAGUGUAGUGUUUCUGAUCGGAGGAUCGCUUCCUGUUUUCAGUUUCAAUGUGUGGGGGAAAAUAGAAGAACAAAAGGAACAAGAGUUUUCUCCAUCUGUACUUCUGUAAUAUCUGUCAAUAUUUUUUUUCUUCUCUGUUGUAAAUAUAUCAGAGAUGAUUGUAUGGAAGGGAAGUUGAAUCUCCGUUCCAUAAGUUGGUAAUCCUGUUCUUCACAGAACAGUUGAGAUUUUUAAAAGACUCUUUCAAAUUGUAUGGAUUCAUUUGUGUGCAUCUUUUUUC